GCCAUAAAUGUCAUACCUGAAAAAAAAAUAUCAGCAACACCGUCAACGCGAAUUGGCAGGCUUUGUGGUUUUACAGAAUGUAAAUAGUAAAGACAAUGCUAUAAAAUAUAUGUACUCAAAAAUUUUAAAUAUGGCCAAGAGUACUCCACCGAAUCCGUUUUCUGGUAUGCGGAUUGCCGACACGACGUUCUUGAAAGACGUUGAAGGGCGCAGUCCUUGUACAGUAUGCGGAAAAUCUCGAAAAUAUUUUUGCUAUCACUGUUAUGUUCCUGUAGCUGAACUUCAAGGCAGACUGCCAUCCGUUAAGUUGCCCGUUAGCAUUGACAUAAUCGAACACAAGAACGAAAUUGAAGGUAAAAGUACCGCAAUCCAUGCAGCCAUUUUAGCUCCAAAUGAUGUAAAAAUUUAUACAUAUCCGAACAUUCCUGACUACCGAAAGGAAGAGCAGGUGGUUCUCAUUUUUCCUACUCCAGAUGCUGUGCCUGUGUCCAGCCUAUUUACUGAAGAGUCUUUGAAAAUCAAGGAAAACUAUGGACUUCCCAAAGGCUAUCACAUGGGUACGCUGUUGCGUUGUAAAUUAAAUGACAUCGUAUUAGAGUCGUCACAAGAAUCAAAUACCAGAGAUCUAGCUCAUCGGUUUCCUUUACGUAAAGCCGUCUUUAUCGACAGCACUUGGAGCCAAUGUCGAGGGAUUUACAAAGAUGAGCGAAUAGUUUGCUUGAAAACAGUUGUCAUACAAAACCGAAUAUCUCAAUUCUGGCGACACCAGAAAAACAGUCCUCGCUGGUUCUUAGCAACAGUAGAAGCAAUUCAUCAAUUUCUGAUCGAGCUUCAUAUUACUGCUUAUGGCUUGCACAAAGAGUACGAAGGAUUAAUGCACAUAGGGUACCUGAACUUUCCCCAUGAUAAAAUAGUGAGUUGUGACCAGAGGUGCAAGGAGGAAGCAGAACCGUACAAUGGGCAAUACGAUAACAUUCUGUUCUUCUUUCUUCAUAUGUACAAUUUAAUUCACGAGUAUUAUGAUUAGCAAUGGGCGAUCUUUGAAAAAAAAUCGAUUCUCCUGCAUCGAUUAAUCAAAAUAAAUAAAAUCGAUUCAUAAGAAAAUCGAUUCAACAAAAAAUCGAUUUUUGUUCGGUAUAAGCUUUUUACGACCUUUUUUGGUUAUAUUUAUGGAGAUUUUGUUUUGUUUGCGUUUUCUGGUGUAUCAAUCAUGUUCAACGAGUUUUCGUUCACAACAUCUACUAACGAUACGGCUUUUUUAGUUUAUUGCCAUCUUCUUUUACCGCGUGUACUCUUUUGGCGGUUUUUUUCUUCUAAGAAUUUUCGUUGUCGCUCAUCCCAUAGACCAUUUCACGAGACGUUUGUGAACUUGAUUCAUGAACGAAAUUUUGACAGAAAGUUUGGAACCGCUGACAUAAUGCACGUGAAAGCAUCAUCAACGUCAGCAGGAUCCGUGACACCUGUGAGUUCGUGAAAUGGUCUUUUGUUUCGGAUGCACUAAGAGCAAUCCAAACCUGUAUAAUUGGGUUGUUUAGCUAUUCACGGAUUUCCGAUUUUUAUAUAUCAUCCAAAAGCGUGUAACUUUCUAAGUAAAACGUGAUUUCUCAAAACUUUAUAUCAUUUUCCUUCAGUUGACAGUUGGUAGUUGGGCGAUCUGUCAUUGUAGCGGUUUCGAGCAAAUUUCAAGCAGUUUCAAAUCGUGAUUUAAAAAGCGAAGGACAAUGAUAUAUUUUUUUUUAAAUCACGUUUUACUUAGAAAAUUCAGAUCUUCCAGAUGAGAGAAAAAACUGAUAUAGCUGAACAACCCAAUUCAUAAAAAAAUCGGAACAUCCGCAGCACAAACUCAAAUAAAAAUGGCGAGCGUGACACCAUGCAGAACAGAAUGCAGCACGGCAUAUGCACGAACAUUUAAUUCAACUUUUGCAAUAUUUGAGUUAACGAGUACCCCGCUACUCAUAGUUGAAAAAUAAGCGCAUAUGCCUUUUCUACCGAAAUCAAAAAAAUGGUGGUUGAUAGUAAACACCCACAACGAUAGUAAACAACAUCCCUACGGAAGCAAAUUUUCAAAAAGUGCACUUGCAGAGGUAGCAAAUAUGAAAUAAUGUUGGCUAAUGUCCAAAAUGGUAAAUUCAAUAUCCAAUGCAAUGCAAAAUUUCAGCUCAAUCGAAAUUUAGGAGUAUUUGGUCUAAAUUUCACUUUCUCGACUUCUGAAUAAAAGCACAGUUUGUAAUAGUUUUUUUUUGUGCCAAAUGUCUUAUGCCUUGUUCACACUAUAGCAGAUAUCACGUGAUAUCGCGUAUCUUGAAACAUACAUACAUCUAGUUUUCACAGAAAAUUUGGAGUAUGGGAUCUGAAAUCAAGAUGAGCAAUAUUACAUCAUGUGAACGGGUUAUUAGAAAUACAUAAAACGUCAAGGUCGGGUGUAACCAAAAAAUCGAAAUUUUGCUAACUGUGAACAUUGAACACUACUUCUAAAUAAAACUGUCAAAGUCCAUUGCCACCCCAAUCUACACCAAUCAGUUAGUAAUGAUUGUAUACAAUAUAUGUCAAACUUUCGAGGCGGUCUUGUGGUCGGUAAUUUAUAUUCAGUUCGAGGUGCAAACUUAUCACGAGCCGUUCAUAUGAACCGGUUUUUAGAAAAGAGCGAAAGAACGAACAGCUCACGAAAAAGAACCAUGGUUCUUUAAGCGCAGCAGAACUGUUUGGUUCGCGUGAACCCGAAGUUUACCGAGACAACACGAACUGUCAACGCUCGUGAAUCAUUGUGAACCUUGAGUCAGUUCAGAGCCGCUCUUGCAAAAGAGCCGUUUCACCCACCCCUAAUCCUUGAUAUAUUUCACAACGCAUGCGUAUUAGCCAAAUUUCAUACGGGUUUGUCUAUUGAUGUCGCGUUUACAAAGGCAAAAAAAUGGUUACUGCGUUAAAAAUACUGGAGGGACUUAAUUUGGCUGCGGAUUGUUC